GGAACUGAAGUGCCGCGGCACCAGUGCCCGGCCGGGACGAAGGGUGCGCACCGAGAUGGCGGCCGCGGCGGGCCGGUGGGGCCUGGGGCUUGCAGGCACCGGGAAGGUGCUGGGGAAAAGGAUAGAGGGAAUGGCGUCCCCGAUGUGGGUUCGUUGUCUCUUUACCAGGUCGAGAAUUCCAGAUUCGGUAUUUCAGCCACGGCCUGAAGAUCAUGAAAAGUAUGGAGGUAACCCUGAGGAGCCCCACAAAAUCCACAUUGUUACUAGAAUAAAAAGUGUCAUUGGUCGCCCAUAUUGGGAAAAGAAGAUAAUACGUGAUCUGGGACUGGAUAAAGCACAUAAGCCAAGACUGCACAAAAAUAUCCCUUCUGUGAAUUCCAGACUGAAAGUUGUUAAACAUCUGAUAAGAAUACAGCCACUGAAACUACCCCAUGGGCUGCCAACAGAAGAGGAAGUGUCCAGCACCUUUCACAACCGGGGAGAGCUUGUCAUUAAAAAGCGCCUGAAACCUGUGGAGCAGAAGGAAAUUAAGUCAUAAGGUGUGCUGAUUUGAUUUAGAUUUUAUAAAAUAAAUACUUUAAAUCCCUA